GCGGAGAUUCCAGUCCACCUGGGACCUGCCUUGGGGAAUUUGGCAUGGCUUGGUCCUUUAGGAGCAUUAAGCGGAGUGACCAGAGGCCCUGCAACAUGGCUUCUUCUGCAGCGGACUUGUCUCGCAGAAGGCGGGAGAAGCGGCGACAGCUGGACGCCCGCCGAAGCAAGUGUCGCAUACGCCUGGGUGGCCACAUGGAGCAGUGGUGCCUCCUGAAGGAGCGGCUGGGCUUCUCCUUGCACUCGCAGCUCGCCAAGUUCCUGCUGGACCGGUACAUUUCUUCAGGCUGCGUACUCUGUGCAGGCCCUGAGCCCUCAUCCCCCAAAGGCCUGCAGUACCUUGUGCUCCUGUGUCAUGCUCACAGCCGAGAGUGCAGUCUGGUGCCUGGGCUGCGAGGGCCUGGAGGCCAUGGUGGGGGACUCGUGUGGGAGUGCUCCGCAGGCCACACCUUCUCCUGGGACCCUUCUUUGGGCUCUGAACCUCCAGAGGCAUCCAGCCCAGUCCCUUCUCGACGCUCUACCCUGAGAAGCUGGUGCUCAGAGGCCAGGCGUGAGCAAGACGCAGCAGGUUUGGAAUCAGAGGAUGGUGAGAGGACUCAGGAGGCCAGGUUGCCCAGCAGGGUAGGACCACUACCCGAGACUUCCCUGCCCCCAGGAGAGUACCAGAGAGAGGAGGAGGAGGAGGAGGAGGACGAUGAUGAAGAGGAGAUGCUCAGCGAUGCCAGCCCAUGGACCUACAGCUCCUCCCCAGAUGACAGUGAGCCUGAUGUCCCCAGAUCCCCUGGACCACCUCCUGCCUCUCUCAAGCACACCCUUAAAGAGGAAGAACUGCCACCCGCCCCUUCAGAUCUCCCCACUGCUCUAGCUGCACCAGUAUCUUCAGUGUCCUCAUUGGGCUCCGGACUUCCUUCGACUACAGAAAUAAGGAUACAGACAGAGCUUAGUGGGACCCCUCCGCCAGUUCAGGAGACUGAGCCCCUAGCCAGCCCCAAGAGUCAGGCCGAGUCAGUACCAGCCCCAGCCUGGGAUGAUGACACUGCCCAGAUUGGCCCCAAGAGAAUAAGGAAAGCUGCCAAAAGAGAGCUUCUGCCUUGUGACUUCCCUGGCUGUGGAAAGAUCUUCUCUAACCGGCAGUAUUUGAAUCACCACAAGAAGUACCAGCAUAUCCACCAGAAGUCCUUCUCCUGCCCAGAGCCAGCCUGCGGGAAGUCUUUCAACUUUAAGAAACACCUGAAGGAACACGUGAAGUUGCACAGUGACACCCGGGACUACAUCUGUGAGUUCUGUGCUCGGUCGUUCCGCACCAGCAGCAACCUUGUCAUCCACCGACGGAUCCACACUGGGGAGAAGCCCCUGCAGUGUGAAAUCUGUGGGUUCACCUGCCGCCAGAAGGCCUCCCUGAACUGGCAUCGGCGCAAGCAUGCAGAGACAGCGGCUGCCCUGCUCUUCCCCUGUGAGUUCUGUGGCAAACGGUUUGAAAAGCCGGACAGUGUUGCAGCCCACUGCAGCAAAAGCCACCCAGCCCCACUCCCGGGCCCACAGGAGUCACCCAGUCCUUUGGAGCCCUGUCCCAGUAUCUGUGUCCCUGGGGCCCUUAGGUCCACUGAGGCACCAGGAGCCAUGCCACUAGGGGCCAGUUCUUCCCAUUCUCCUCAGGAUCCAUCUAACCGUCCAACCUCAGGAAUGAGCUCUUCCAUGUAGGCUUUGGGAAGCCAGACCUCAGGCCCUAGAAAGGAGGGAGCACGGCGAGUGGUUCAGAAAAGCACCGAUACCUGAGGUCCCAGGGACUAGGGCUAGCUCAGGGAGAAGUACUCCUGAGGAAGUGGGGGAGCCGGACUACUUAAUCUCUCUCCAGGACAGAAUAAAGAAUAUUUUCCAUGA